AGCAUAGAGGGUUCUGGGAGGACUAUCCGCACGUCUGGACAGGUUGCGCAGCGAGGCGAUGGCACUUGGCCACCAUCUGUGGCAGAACAGAUCCAACAAGCCAUAGCCAACUUGGAGAAAGUUCUAAACGCCGCUGGCGCAUUUCCUCGAGACAUAGUCCAUCUUCGCUUUUACGUCGUUGACUGGGAUCUCUCUGCAGCCAAUGACCUCGUUGCGCCAGUCUUGGCUCUCCUCAGAGAUAAAUAUGGUUCUGUCAAUAAACCCUUAACAACACUCAUCCCUGUUUCCAAACUUGCAUUUCCGGAAGCAAAGUUUGAGAUUGAAGCAAUCGCUAGUGCUGGCAAUGCUUCUCGUCCAUGGAUUGCAGAUAGAGACAUGAUUCAGAAGCUCUCUAGCGGAGCAAUUUCUGUUCCCACAGUUGAGACCGACGUCGUCGUUGUUGGUGGUGGCUUUUCAGGCAUUAUGGCUGCAUAUGAGUUGAACCAAGCUGGAUACUCAGUCACUGUUUUGGAAGCAAAACAUCGUAUCGGAGGCCGCAGUCGAACUCAACGACUCAGAACUAAUCCGAACGCAAUUGUUGAGCUUGGUGCAACAUGGAUCAAUAAGAAGACACAGCCCACCAUAUAUGCCCUGGCACAGAAGUUUGGGCUUGAAACUGAAGCUCAGUACACCGAGGGCGAUCAGAUUUAUCAAGGUUACGACGGGAGGAUCUACAGAUGCAAUAUGGAUCAGGCUCAUAAUGAAAAUACUCCUCAUGUGCAAAAGUUUACCCUUCUCGUGGCUGAAGCCGCCGAGAAGUGUAAUAUCCGCAUCUUUGACGAGUUUCCAGAAGAGGAGGAUGUUACAAUGGCGGAAUGGGUAGCCCAAAAGGGCCUCGCGGACAACCCUGCCGUUAAUGCUACUUGUCGAUUUCUGUGCUCCGCGGUUGUUGGCCGUGAGCCAGAGGAUAUUGGAGCACACUACUUCUUGGAUUAUAUCAAAUCUUGCUAUGGAUACAUGAGUGUCGUAAGCGAAGGUGACGAAGGCGCUCAAUCACUCAAAAUUAAGACUGGUACAUCAUCUAUAGUCGAUGCUCUGGCAAAUACACUACCUUCUGGUUCUGUGAUGCUUCACAGCCCAGUUGACAGCAUCUCUCAGUAUGCCAAGAAUGAGGUUCACGUCACGACCAGCAGCGGCACAACUUACAAAGCCAAAAAAGUCAUCAUUGCCAUCCCAACAAACACAUAUACAAAUAUUCAGUUUACUCCGCCGUUGCCAUCUACAAAGAAAGCUCUCGUUACCAGAACAAAGCCAGGUGUUUAUGCAAAGGCCAUCUUGACAUACUCCUCACCGUGGUGGCGAGAAGCAGGUCUUGUGGGCAAGUUUGAAUCAGUCAUUGGCCCCAUUUGUUUCAGCUGGGAUAUCAGUGACCUCUCUAAGAAGCAAUAUAGCCUGGCAAUUUUUGUUGCCGGAAGGGUCGCCACCGAGUGGCAUAAGUUGGAUGAAUUGGCGCGCGAAGAAGCUAUCAUUGACCAUCUGGCGACGCUUGUGGGCGAGAAUUCUUCUCUUGCAGCAAAGGCCCGCAAUAUUGUAGAGUUCAAUAUGGUAGAGUGGACAAAGGAAGAAUAUAUCGGUGGCGCGCCGACUAGUGUUUUAGGUCCUGGGAUGCUUAGGAAGUUUGGGACGGUGCUCAGGGAGCCCAUGGGGAAUAUUCAUUUCGGUGGUGGAGAGACGGCAUUUGAGUGGAAGGGCUAUAUGGAGGGUGCUAUCACAGCUGGACAACGGGCUGCCAAAGAGGUGGCUAAUGAAUUA